ACGGCUUGCCCAACUCGAACAUCGUUUAUUUUCUUGCAGAAAUGUCGUCUUUUGUGGUUUUCCUCUCCUUUGCAUUCUUUGUGACUUCUGCAUUAGAAGAUCACACAGAGGUCAAAGUGAGGUCUGGGCAAAAUGUCACUCUACACUGUCAGGGUCCCAGAGGUUUAAAUAUCACCCUGUUAGAGUGGAGCAAACCUGAGUUCAACUCAGAGAGUUAUGUGUUCUUCUUCCAAAACCAUCGUUUGUAUGAAAACUACCAGCAUGAAUCCUUUAGAGGCAGAGUGGUGCUGAAAGAUCGAUCGAUGAAAGAUGGAGAUGUUUCUGUGAUUCUGAGGAACGUCAGCAUUAACGAUACAGGAACAUACAGCUGUGAGAUUACAACCACGACCAAGGGAAGAGUGGUUCAUGAGGUUGUGAACUCCAUCAACCUCAAAGUCACAGACUCAGAUGAAAUCAUCAAGGGUGGAGAAGAAGAGGAUGGAAAAAACAUGAAUAAGUCUCUCCCACUUAUACUUGCUGUGUCAGUUACUGUUGCAGUUAUGAUAUGUAUUGCAGUUCUAAUUAUAAUAAUCCCCCGCAGAACACAAAAGGAAAACCCACACAUAAAUUACACAAGUGUCAAUUCGCAAAUGAACCUUUACCAGCUGAUGAGAAAACUUUGCUCAGUUUCUACUUAAGUGAUUGUGGCUUUUGCUGUUCUAUAAAGUUGUAAAUAUUUGAAAAAGGUUGUGCAGCUUUGCACUUUUCUGAACCUUUAAUCACAGCUAAGGCUUAAAACACCCUGUUAGCAAGAUGAUUAACAAAGGUGCUGUGUACAGCAGUGUAACAUCACAACCUCACGACACAUCCAGGAAGCCGAUUUUAACAUCCAUCAUUAGAACUCAUGCUAGUGCUGCGUUUUAGCUUGCUGUACUGAUGGGUAGGUGAUGCAGCAUGGUGUAGUACAUUCCCUUCCUGUGUAAACACUUUGUUGGUGUGUCGCUCAGUAGCGACAUCUGCCGGAUUUAAAAUAAUCAGAUAAAGAGUGAGGAGAGCCACUGAACUAAAAUUAUUCAUUCCAACAUCUAGACACCAAAUGAGUGAUGAAUGGUCCUGUUUACAUAACCAGCUCAUCAUAAAGUACUGAAUCAAAGAAAAUUUUAUAAUUUGAUUAUAACAAAAUAACAUGACUGAAUAACACAGCAUGUCAAAUGUAGAAUUUACAAAAAUAAAACCAAACAAACUGAAAAAAAGAACCUGAAAAUACAGUGAAAGUUUGUUUAGGACACAAAAGUGCUUGUGACAGUGGGAGUGCCUGUGUACUAGUUGAGGGGAGCUGACUCUUUUAUCUAAAAAUAAAAUUAAUAAUCUUAAUUUAUUAAAAGAAAUAAUUUUUAAAUGUUAAAAAAUUUAUUCAGAAAACUAAUUUGACAGCUGAGUCAAAGUGGAAACAGGAAAGGAGACACACUGAACUUGUUUGGCGUUAUGAGAUCAAAAUGAUCCCCGACUGGAGAAUUUCAUUUUUCUUAAAAGUGUUCUAUCGUAUAGUAAAUGAUACACCAGCCACACAAACAGCACCAAAGACAAUAUCUCCCGCUUAGCACGAAUGCAAAUGAGUCGAAAGUUGCGCUUCUCAAUUUGGUACCUCACACAGUGCAGCUGUAUUGGUCACGUGAUUUUUUUUCUCCUAAAAUAUUACACGCACACAUGUGGGGUGUCAAUCCUUGUGAUUGAUGCAAGUGCCAAUGAUUUGUAUUUUAGUGAUUUACUGUCAGCAGUUUGGUGCAGAGCAUGAAGUUGCUCUGAGAACAGGGAGCAGGUGGGGGGGCUGCUCUUCACCUAAGUAAGCAUGUUCAAACUUUUGAACAGGGACGAUUACGUUGUUCAUCAGUCCCACCACCACCACCUUUAUGUAAAAAGAUCCUUUGUGUGGUACUUUUUGUUUUUAUGAAUUGUUAUAAAUAGCAAUAGAAUCACUGUUAACAUGUAAAACUGAUUCCCACGUCAUUAUAUUUUUAUUUUAUGCCUUUAAGCGUAUUCUGUUUAACUUUGGAUCUGUUGCAGCCAGUCAGCCUGACACCUUGCUGCUUUCUGUAUGUUUCCUUUUUUUUGUUUUAAUUCCUUGUUUUUUGGUGUUGAUGGACCACAAUCAACUGUCACCAUGAAUCAUUUCUCGUCCUUUAGUUUCUCAGUGAAAAUAGUUCUUAAUACCAAGCAAACCAUCCAGAAGUGUGUGUAUGUGUGUGUGUGUGUGUGUGUGUGAGAGAGAGAGAGAGAGAGAGAGACAGUGAGUCUAUAUUUUUAUAAACUAUAAUUUUAUAUAUUUUCUUUUCAUUCAUCUGUCACAGAUCUUAUGUGAGACCUAAUAUCCCAAACAUAUUGUUGUUACACUUUCAUGCAGCUGUUUUUCUUAGAUUCAUACUUUACAUUUUACAUAUAACAGUGAACUAACUUCAUUUUUACUUUUCCUUGUUUAUUGUCACUGUUGUGUCUGUGUGUGUUUGUGUGUUUGUGUAUA